AUCCUCUCUCUUCCUUCCUAACCCACUCAUUUUUUGUUUUAAAUCUAAUUAAUUUCUAUUUAUAUUUGGUGGGUUUGUAAAUUGUAAUAUCUCUGUUACCUCCCUGGCCGGGAAAUGGGCUGCACUAGCUCAAAGGUGGACGACCUCCCGGCCGUCGCUCUCUGCCGCGAGCGCUGCCACUUUCUCGAAGUGGCAAUCCGGCAGCGUUACGCAUUCGCCGAUGCUCAUGUUGCCUACAUCCACUCUCUCAAGGGGAUUGGAGUCUCCUUGCACCGUGUCUUCGAUCAAGAUCUCGACAGUUCUACUUUUUCUCCACCUUCCCCUGUUUUUCCACUCCCCACUCAAAGGAAGGGUGAUCCCGUCGCCGCCGUUGCAGCACAGCCUUCCAUCUUUCCCCCUCCUUCUGCCGCCUCAGCCGCUUCUGCUGCUGCUCCCGCUCUGGCUCGUGAUUCCAACUCAAAUUCAGGCUCUCAUAUUCACUUCCAUUCCGAUUCAGAAGACGACGACGACGACGACGACGACUAUGAUUCCGGAUCUCUCCACCAUUCCGGCCAUUCUUCUCCCUUGCAUCAUCAUUAUCAGCCCACUCACGAGGAUCACCAGGGUUAUCCACUGGAUCAGGGAGUCUUGGGUUCUUCGUUCCCAGGUGGGUUCAUGACAAUGAAUUAUAUGAGGAAUCGUCCCACGCCCUCCGUCUCUUACGAGCAGCGGCCCAUGAGUCCCGACAUCGUACGUAUGGACGAGUCUUCUUCCUCUUACUAUCCUUACCCCUAUCCUAACCAGAACCCUGCCCCUCCUCCCUACUACGCUUACUCUAACUAUGAAGGUUUCUACCCCUACGGUAGUUCUUCCUCUCCUCCGCCGCCCAUGGCUCCACUUUCUUCAUCCGCAUCGUCUUCCAAACCUCCUCCGCCACCACCUUCACCGCCGAGGAACUCCCCUUGGGAUUUCUUGAACCCUUUCGGAACUUUUGAGAGGUACUACCCUCCGUACACUCCCAGCCGCGACUCCAAGGAAGUGAGGGAGGAAGAAGGGAUUCCUGAUUUGGAGGACGAAGAUUACCAGCAAGAAGUUGUCAAAGAAGUCCAUGGAGACCGUAAGUUCGUUGAUGGCAGUCCUAAGAAGGUGACCAAUGACGAGGAUGUGAGCGGAAACAAUGAUGGGGAGGCCACACAUUACCAAACGAGGCCCAGUGUCUCAUCAGUGGAGAAGGGGGUGGAGUAUGAUGCACAUUUGGUCGACAAGAAUGUAGUUAUUAAUGAAGAGCGCUCUGAGGAUCAGGGCAAUGUGGCUACAUAUAAGGCCCGUGUUCGUUUGCGUGGUGCAUCAGAGGUUGUGGCUGAAAUCAAGAUUCAGUUUGAGAGAGCUGCAGAGUCCGGCAGUGAGGUAUCCAGGAUGCUCGAGGCUGGAAAGCUUCCUUAUCACAGGAAAAAUGCAGUUUAUCAAGUUUCCUCCAAGAUGUUGCACGUUAUUACGCCUUCUCUGUCGGUAGCGGCAUCUUCACAGCCUUCCACUUCUAAAAGCUCUGAGCCAUCAUCCUCCACCGAGAAGAGUGGUUCUGCUUACUUGGCCUUUAACGAGGACACGGGGACAAGGUCAUCAAAUCUAUCUUCUACUUUGCAAAAGCUUAACAUUUGGGAGAAGAAACUCUAUGAUGAAGUUAAGGCUGAGGAAAAAAUGCGGGUAUUACAUGAUAGGAAACGCCAGCGACUCAAGAGAUUGGACGAGAAGGGUGCUGAGGCUCACAAAGUUGAUUCCACGAGAACUUUAGUGAGAACUUUAUCUACCAAAAUAAGAAUUGCAAUUCAGGUUGUUGAUAAGAUAUCGGUCACGAUAAAUAAGUUGAGGGAUGAAGAGUUGUGGCCUCAGAUUAAUGAAUUAAUUCAUGGGUUAGUUAGAAUGUGGAAACUUAUGCUUGAAUGCCAUCGGAAUCAGUGCCAAGCUAUAACAGAGGCGAAAAAUUUAGAUGCCAUCGUAUCUAGCAGAAAGUUUAGCAUUGCUAAUCUUGAAGCUGCGAUGCAGCUUGAACAUGAAGUCCUUAAUUGGAUUUCCAAUUUCUCCAACUGGAUUGGCGCCCAGAAGGGCUAUAUCACAGCCUUGAACAGCUGGCUUCUGAAAUGUAUUUUUUAUGAACCAGAAGAAACACCUGAUGGAAUAGUUCCCUUUUCUCCAGGUAGGAUGGGUGCACCUCCUGUUUUUGUGAUUUGCAACCAAUGGUCACAAGCCAUGGAGAGAAUUUCUGAGAAGGAGGUAGUUGAUGCCAUGUUGGCUUUUGCACUGGGCUUGCGGCAUAAUAUUGAUCUGUGCCGGAGGAUGAUGACCACUGGGGAUAUGGAGAGUAAGGUUAAGACCUUGGAGAGGGAAGAGCAGAAGAUGCAGAAGGCAAUGCAGGCUCUGGAUAAGAAAAUAGUUAUGGUUUCCGGGCAGGGCACUGGUGUCCUUGUGCCUGAGCAGAUUGUGCAUCAGAGUAACAUGGGCACUAUUAGUAGUCUGCAAUCUGGUCUGAAACAGAUCUUUGAUGCCAUGGAGAGGUUCACUGCCAGUUCUAUGGAAGCCUAUGAGGAGCUUCGUGUACGCAUUGAAGAAGACAGGAUUGCACGAGAAAAUGCUAAAGUUCCAUAGACAUUGCUUGGAAGGGGAUUAUUGCCAUCCCUCUGCAAUGGUAUCUGGUUCCCUGGAUUCUUUGAUUACUUCUUCCUGAAGAAUGUCGAAGGGUUUCUGAGAUGGCUGGAGCAGGCUUCUGAUGUUCGUUGAUUGAUGGGAGUUCUUUCACAUACGGUUGGUUUCAACCUUCAUCCUUGACCAGUUAAAGUACAUCUGAGGCAGUGGCUGUUUUAGCCUCUGGCAGUUCAGGUUGAC